AUGGCACAGAACCAUCGGGCAAAGGGCUUAGAAGACUGCACAGAGAAGCUGGGGUUUUUUUUUUUUUGUAAUUGUUGUUAUUUACUAACCACCCCCCUGAGUUUAACUCUAGAUCACUGGAGAGAAGUUAAGAGCCGAGCUCACAAUCAAUCUGUGGAGAUCAAGAAGCACCAAUGGAUAACCUUUUGUUCCUCCGAGUGGCCAACGUUUAAUUUUGGCUGGCCUCGAGAUGGGAGUUUUGACUCUGAUGUUAUUUUUCAGGUUAAAGCUAAGAUCUUCUCCCCUGGACUAACGGGACAUCCGGACCAAGUGGCCUAUAUAGUCACUUGGGAAAAUCUCUCCCUUGACCCACCGCCGUGGGUGACUCCUUUUCUCAGUCCUACACGAAGAGCCCCCCUCCCUUCUGCCCCUAAUCCGGACCCUUCGACCACCUCUUUGUGUCCUGUUGUGGUAAAACAAAAGCCUGUUCUUCCCCCUGAUGAGAGUGUUCCCGCUGAUCUGCUGAGUGAGAAUCCCCCUCCCUACCCCCCUCCCCCGCAGGCCGCUGCAGCUGUUCCAGACGAAGCCCCAGCAGAAGGACGGGAGGUUGCUCCCUCCCCCAUCGCGGGGCGACUCAGAGAAAGAAGAGGACAGGGAGAUUCCUCACACGUCCUGCCCCUCCGACUCGCAGGAGGGGAAGGAAACCAGUUUCAGUAUUGGCCCUUCUCCGCUUCAGACCUGUAUAACUGGAAAACUCAUAACCCGUCCUUUUCCCAAGACCCACAGGCCCUAACGGCCCUGAUAGAAUCUAUCCUCCUUACCCACCAACCCACGUGGGACGAUUGCCAACAGCUCCUGCAAGUCCUCCUAACUACGGAGGAAAAGCAGAGAGUCAUUCUAGAAGCCCGAAAGCAUGUCCCGGGGGCAGACGGGAGACCAACCCAAUUGCCAAACGAGAUCGAGGCUGCCUUUCCCCUUACCAGACCUGCUUGGGAUUUCAACACGGCUGAAGGUAGGGAGCACGUACGUCUUUAUCGCCAGGUGCUUGUAGCGGGCCUCCAAGGGGCAGGGAGAUGCCCCACCAAUUUGGCCAAGGUAAGAUCAGUAAUGCAGGGAACCGACGAGCCGCCCACUGUGUUUCUAGAAAGACUUAAAGAGGCAUAUCGGAGGUACACUCCCUUUGAUCCAGACAGCCCCGAACAGGAAGUAAGUGUUUCCAUGUCUUUCAUAUGGCAAUCAGCUCCUGAUAUUAGGAGUAAGCUCCAGAGAAUGGAAUUUUGCAGGGGCAAGGUCUUAAGAGACCUCUUGAGGGAGUUCAAAAUUGAGGCAAGGCUUCGGCCGGGCCUCCCACCCACGCCGCCAGGGCUGGCUGAGGCUCCUGAGGUCCAGCUUUGCAGCCAACCGCAGGCAGCGUUUUGCACACACUCCUCUAUCACGACCUUGGCCGGGAGCCCGCCCCUAGGACCAGAGCUGCUGGGACACCGAGGACUUGACUUCCGCUUCCGGGGGCAGCAAAGCUACUUCCGGCGGCGUGACCCGAUCGCGUGGGGCUGCUGGUGCGGCCGCUGGAAGGGUCUGCGUUGGCAGCGGGUAACUGGCAGCGGUGGGAGUGGCCGGGCGUGGGUCGCUGGUUGGGCCUGGGCGGAAGGGCAGCGGUGGUGGCUGGACGAAGGCCGGCGCGGCGGCUGUCCGAAGCUGGUCCCGGCCUUCUCCGCGGGCUUCGCGGGUGGAAUGGACACGGGAUCUGGCCAGCCUGCCACGAUCAACUCCCUGGCCUUUGCCGGCGUCAGACAGAGUGACAGUGUUCGCCGCUGUUGCCGGUCCUCGGCACAGCACAGGGACAGGGAAGGGGCUCCCUAA